AAUGCAGCAAUUUGUCGAGAGCAGAGAAAUCCUCCGUGUUUGACUGGGCAGAGCCGCCCCUCCCGGUGUGAGCUGCGGAGAAGUUGGGGAAGGGAGGAAGGUGCAGGGAUGAGGAGGGAUGGCUGGGAGCAGCUGGGAUUGAGGCUGGAGAGCCCCGGGGAGAGGCUGCUGUGGCAGGGCUGGAGCCAAGAGCAAAAUUAGGGGAAGAAAGGAGCCUUAAAUCCCCGCGCUCUGCCGAGGGGGAGCAAAUACCGUGCUAAUGGAUCAGGUUCUGGCGAAUAAAGAAGAAAAGAAGCUGUAAGCUCAGGAAGGCUCUUUUUUAUUCUAAGGAGCAGAACAUUCCUCAUCCUUUAGUUCCCUUGGAUCCGGAGUGAAUGACUUUAGAGCUACAGGAGUUAAGCUCAUCGGAGGAAAACGGCGCUUCUUUUUUCAAUUUUUUCUCCUUUUUUCUUUUUUUUUUCUUCCCGAAUAUUAUUUUGCUGGGGAAAAGAUCUGACAAUGCGAGUCGGAGCCAAGAGGAUCUGCGGAGAGCAAAUUUAACCUUUUCUAGGCUAGGACCCAGCGGUCAGCAAUAACCAGAAUCUGUCUGAGUCGGGUGAAGGGGAGCGCAGAGCCGGCCCAGCCCCGGCAGGCGGGAUGUAGGGAGCCCCGGUGGGACUGGGAGCGCCGAGCACAUUCCCAUGGCCGGGAAUCCAGCGCUCUGCCCCGCGUCACGUGCAGCGCCAGGCACCGCUCCUGCUCCCGGCGCGCCGGGGAUCUGAAGACGUCCUUGGGAGAUCGAUCUGGGAUGCUCGGCAGCUCCGACUGAAACAAAGCAUCGGCCGAGGCACCCGCCGGGAAUAAAACUGAGGAGCCUCUGGACAGCUCGGGAAUCGUCCCCGCGGGGCAGGGAGAGCAUCCCUGCGCUCCUCCAGCGGAGCCCCGCCGGCGGCUCAGCCCCAGCCCGGAGCCGCCCGGGGCUGGAUCCAGCGGGAUUUAAACCUCGCCUCGGCCCUGGAUUGUUCCCCGCUGCGCUCGGCCGGGCGCUGCUUUUGCCGCUUGGACAGCGAGCCUGAGGGCAGCCCGCCGAGGAAGGGAUGGCAUGGCACGGGCACGGGCACGGGCACGGGCACGGCGGCAUCCCCGAAUUCCCCCCGCGAGGAACGCGCCGAGGCAGCGGAUUCACCCCGCCCCUGAGCCACGGCAGGAGCCGCGAGCGGGGCCGGCGCCGGCGCUUGGUGUCCCUGCUGCAGAACCCGGCCCUGCUCUGCAGAGUAUGCUGCUUGGAGAUGACAAGCAAAAGGAAGCUGAUCGGCCGCCUGGUGCCGUGCCGGUGUUUCCGCGGCGAGGAGGAGAUCGUCUCCGUGCUGGACUAUUCCCACUGUGGCCUGCAGCAGGUGCCAAAGGAGGUCUUCAACUUCGAGAGGACCCUGGAGGAGCUUUACCUCGAUGCCAACCAGAUUGAGGAGCUUCCCAAGCAACUGUUCAACUGCCAAGCGCUGCGGAAGCUGAGCAUCCCCGACAACGACCUGUCCAGCCUCCCCACGUCCAUCGCCAGCCUGGUCAACCUCCGCGAGCUCGACAUCAGCAAGAACGGAAUCCAAGAUUUCCCAGAAAACAUUAAGUGUUGUAAGUGUUUAACAAUAAUCGAAGCCAGCGUCAACCCCGUGUCCAAGCUGCCAGAUGGCUUCACACAACUUCUAAAUUUGACCCAGCUCUAUCUAAACGAUGCCUUUUUGGAGUUUCUUCCAGCUAACUUUGGAAGACUUGUCAAAUUGCGAAUUUUGGAGUUAAGAGAAAACCACUUGAAAACUCUACCAAAGUCAAUGCACAAACUGACUCAGCUGGAGAGGCUCGAUCUGGGCAAUAAUGAGUUCUCUGAGCUGCCUGAGGUUCUUGAACAAAUCCAGAACCUGAAGGAGUUGUGGAUGGACAAUAAUUCCUUGCAAGUGCUACCUGGGUCUAUAGGGAAGUUAAAACAGCUCGUGUACCUGGAUGUGUCCAAAAACAGGAUCGAGACGGUCGACCUGGACAUCUCGGGCUGUGAGGGGCUGGAGGAUCUCCUCCUCUCCUCCAACAUGCUGCAGCAGCUGCCAGAUUCCAUAGGAUUGUUGAAGAGACUGACAACCCUGAAAGUGGAUGACAACCAGCUCACCAUCCUGCCCAAUGCCAUUGGAAACCUGUCCCUGCUGGAGGAAUUUGACUGCAGCUGCAACGAGCUGGAGUCGCUGCCCUCCACCAUCGGGUACCUGCACAACCUGCGCACCCUGGCCGUGGACGAGAACUUCCUGCCGGAGCUGCCCAGAGAGAUUGGGAGCUGUAAGAACGUGACUGUGAUGUCCCUGCGCUCCAACAAACUGGAAUUUCUGCCUGAUGAGAUUGGCCAGAUGCAGAAGCUGAGGGUGUUAAAUCUGAGUGAUAACAGGCUGAAGAAUUUGCCCUUCACUUUUACCAAACUCAAAGAACUGGCAGCCUUGUGGCUUUCUGACAACCAGUCCAAGGCGCUGAUCCCGCUGCAGACGGAGGCGCACCCCGAGACCAAGCAGCGAGUGCUCACCAACUACAUGUUCCCGCAGCAGCCGCGCAGCGACGAAGAUUUCCAGUCGGACAGUGACAGUUUCAACCCCACUCUCUGGGAGGAGCAGAGGCAGCAGAGGAUGACUGUGGCCUUUGAGUUCGAGGACAAGAAGGAGGAGGAGGAGAAUCCAGGGAAAGUCAAGGUUGAGAUAAACCUCAAGCGCUACCCCACGCCCUACCCCGAGGAUCUGAAGAACAUGGUGAAGUCUGUGCAGAACCUGGUGAGCAAGCCCAGCCUGGGAGUGCGGCCCGAGAACGCGGCCCCGGCCGCCAGCACCGACCCCACGGGCAAGGACAAGUACGAGCACAAGUGGCCCCCCCUGACCCCCAAGGAGAUCUCCGUGGAGGAUGCCUUUGGACAUCCUGGCAGUGAGAUGAGGAUAGGGGAGCUCCGUCCCUCCAUGCCCGAGACGCCGCUCUACCCCCCCAAACUCGUCCUGCUGGGUAAAGACAAGAAAGAGUCGACAGAUGAGUCUGAAGCAGAUAAGAUCCAUUGUCUGAAUAACAGCGUUUCCUCAGGCACUUACUCAGACUAUUCCCCUUCCCAGGCUUCCUCAGGGUCCUCCAACGCGCACGUAAAAAUGGGCUCCCUGCAGACCACGGCUAAAGAAGCAGUGAAUAACUCUUUGUGGGGGAACAGGCUGGCCCAGUCGUUCCCACAGCCCCUGGAGACCAAGCCAUUGCUGAGCCAGCGGGAAGCGGCUCCAGCCGGGAACGUCCCGGCGCGCCCGGAGCGGCGCCCGCUGAGCGACGCCUUCGCCGACAGCUGGAACGACAGCUCCCACUACGACAACACGGGAUUCGUGGCCGAGGAGAGCGCGGCAGAGAACGCCGGCACCAACCCCCUGCUGAGCACCAAAUCCAGGAGCUCCUCCGCCCACGGGCGCCGGCCGCUGAUCCGGCAGGACAGGAUCGUGGGGAUCCCCCUGGAGCUGGAGCAGCCCGCGCUCAGAAACACACACGACUCUGAAGUGCCUCCUCCCAACCCUUGGCAAAAUUGGACCAGAACCCCCAGUCCUUUUGAAGACAGGACAGCUUUUCCUUCCAAACUGGAAAGCACCCCCAACACCAGCCCUUUGCCCGAGCGGAAAGAUCACGUCAAGGAGUCUCCCGAAAUGACGAGCACUUUCACUCCAGGAAUUCCGUGGGAAUAUCACGACGCCAACGCUAACAGGAGCCUCACAAACGUCUUUUCCCACAUGCACUGUCGCCCGGACCCUUCCAAAAACGUCAUCUCCAUCAGCAAGAGCACGGAGCGGCUCUCCCCGAUGAUGAGGGAUUUAAAAACGAACAAGUUUAAGAAGUCGCAGAGCAUCGACGAGAUCGACAUCGGUGCGUACAAGGUGUACAACAUCCCCCUGGAAAACUAUGCAUCCGGGAACGACACCGUGGGCCCCCACGAGAGGGUGGACAAGCUGCUGGGCCCGGAGCACGGCGUGCUGAGCAUGUCCCGCAGCCAGUCCGUGCCCAUGCUGGACGACGAGCUGCUGACCUACGGCAGCGUCAAGGUGCAGCCGCAGCACAAGGCGUCGGUCACCAAGAAGGUUUAUCAGUUCGACCAAAGCUUCAACCCCCAGGGCGCCGUGGAGCUCCCAGCCGACAAGCGGCUCCUGCCGCCCUUCCAGCUCAACACCGAGUACCUGCCCCAGCCGGCCAAGAGCCUGCCCCAGGAGCUGGUGAGCCCGCGGGGCUACCGCGGCUACGCGCCCGUGGAGCCCAUGUUCUCCUUCUCGCAGCCCUCGGUCGGCGAGGAGCCGGCGGCCGCCCCGUUCCCCGGCCCGGCCACGCGGCCCGGCUUCCUGCGCAGGGCGGAUUCGCUGGCCAGCUCGGCGGAGAUGUCGGUGUUCCGCAGGGUGGGCGAGCCCCAGGAGCUGCCCCCGGCGGACAGGUACGGCCGGGCCCCGUUCCGCGGCGCCCCGGAGCGCCAGGGCAGCAUGGCCAUGCCCGAGGCCCAGUUCCUCAAGCGCAACGGGCGCUACGAAGACGAGCACCCUUCCUACCAGGAAGUGAAAGCCCAGACUGGGAGCUUCCCAGUUAAAAACCUCACGCAAAGGAGGCCCCUGUCGGCACGAAGCUACAGCACAGAGAGCUACGGCACGGCCCAAACGCGGCCGGUCUCAGCGAGGCCCACCAUGGCAGCUCUGCUGGAAAAGAUUCCGUCAGACUAUAACUUGGGUAACUAUGGCGACAAGCCUUCCGAUAGCAGUGAUAUAAAGCCGAGGCCUCCCCCUGGGAAGGGAAAUGAGAGCUGUGCUAAAAUGCCCGCUGACUGGAGACAACAGCUACUUAGACAUAUAGAAGCUAGAAGGUUAGACAGGAGCGCUGCUUACAAACACCACACAGUUAGCCUUGGCAUGCUGCACUCUGGAGGGGUUUCAGCCAUGCAUGCCGGCCGAAGCAUGACUUUAAACUUGCAGCCUAAAUCUAAAUUUGAAAACCAAAUGCUUCAAGAGCUACCUCUACCGAAAACCCCGUCGCAGCAGAGCAGCCUCCUGGACAACGGGCAGGACGAGGUGGCCGUGGGCAGCCCCUGGAACCCCUACCCGCUGGGCCGGCGGGACGUGCCCCCCGACACCGUCACCAAGAAGGCAGGUAGCCACAUCCAGACGCUGAUGGGCUCGCAGAGCCUGCAGCACCGCAGCCGGGAGCAGCCGCAGUACGAGGGCAGCAUGAACAAGGUGACCAUCCAGCAGUACCAGCCGCCCCUGCCCAUCCAGAUCCCGAGCUCGCAGGGCUCCCGGGCCCCCCAGCCCCAGCGCUGCCUCAUCCAGACCAAGGGGCAGCGCAGCACCGACGCCUACCAGGAGCAGUUUUGUGUGAGGAUAGAGAAGAAUCCUGGCCUCGGGUUUAGUAUCAGUGGUGGAAUAAGUGGACAAGGAAAUCCAUUCAAACCUUCUGAUAAGGGUAUCUUUGUUACUAGGGUUCAGCCUGACGGCCCUGCCUCCAGCCUGCUCCAGCCCGGAGACAAAAUCCUCCAGGCCAACGGACACAGCUUUGUACACCUGGAACACGAGAAGGCUGUGCUCCUACUGAAGAGUUUCCAGAACACAGUAGACUUAGUUAUCCAACGUGAGCUUACUGUCUAAAUAUUUUUUUAUAAAUAGUAAAUAUGUCUAGCCAGAUCUAAUGUUCAAAAGGAUUUAUACAUAGGAAACCAAUUUUUUGCCAAUUGCUGGACCAAUGGCAAACGGUAGUGCCAAAUGUAUAAUACUCUAUGUUAGUACCAAUCAUCGGGAGAAAAUAUAAGAAUUAACUCUAUAAAUAUAUUGUUCAUGUGGCUCCGUAUUAGUUUUACUUGUCAGCCUCUGGCUGUGCAUUGGUGCGUUUUUUUAACCAAGUUCCUUCUUAAAAGUCAAUUUCAUAUGAUUUCAAAACACAGAAGCACAUACAAAUCCUUUAGGAAUUCUGCUGUCCAUCAGAAACACUGCCUCAAAGUUGUAUAUGCCUUUAUAAAGAUGAAAUAUAUUAACCUGUACUUCCCAUGAAAUAUUUCUAUCAUGUCGCAUACGAAAGUAUAGAGAAGAAAAUAUUUUCAUAAACACCUCAAAGAAAGUAUAUAUUAAAUUAAAUUUAAUAAUGUUCAUUUAUUUUCAAUGCAAAGAUAUUCUAUGCCUUAUGAAAAUACCUGUACAUAUGCCGUGUGUAUAGCUGGCUCCGUAGGGAUCAGGAACAAUUCACUACACAGGGUGAGAGACUUCUCCAGCUGGAACUCUGGGACCUCGGGACAAGGAACCCACGUGGGAACGGGAUAGCUCCCCUCCCCCUGGCAUGGGUGAGCUCCCCCUGGAAGGGUGAGCUCCUUCUGGAAUGGGUGAGCUCCUUCUGGAAUGGGUGAGCUCCCUCUGGAAUGGGAUAGCUCCCUCUGGAAUGGGAUAGCUCCCUCUGGAAUGGGUGAGCUCCUUCUGGAAUGGGAUAACUCCUUCUGGGAUGGGUGAGCUCAUUCUGGAAUGGGGUAACUCCUUCUGGAAUGGGAUAGCUCCCUCUGGAAUGGGAUAACUCCUUCUGGAAUGGGUGAGCUCAUUCUGGAAUGGGAUAGCUCCCCUUGGAAUGGGAUAGCUCCCUCUGGAAUGGGUGAGUUCCCUCUGGAAUGGGUGAACCCCCUCUGGAAUGGGUGAACUCAUUCUGGAAGGGGGUAACUCCCUCUGAAAUGGAAUAACUCCUUCUGGAAUGGGAUAGCUCCUUCUGGAACAGGGUAACUCCCUCUGGAACGGGGUAGCUCCCUCUGGAAUGGGGUGACUCCCUCUGGAAUGGGGUAGCUCCCUCUGGAACGGGAUAACUCCCUCUGGAAUGGGGUAGCUCCCUCUGGAAUGGGUGAGCUCCCUCUGGAAUGGGUGAACUCCCUCUGGAACGGGAUAACUCCCUCUGGAAUGGGGUAGCUCCCUCUGGAACGGGGUGACUCCCUUCAGAACAGGUUAACUCCCUUUGCUUUGGCUCUUCCCUCGAUUCCAUGUGCACACACUACAGGAGAACACCGAGGACAGGCAGGUUUGGCUCACGGAUGGAGGAAGGUUGUGAUGGUGGCAGUAAAACUCCUUUUGUUGCUGCUAAUUUAACUCGUUAUUUUUUCAUUUCAGACUCCCCAUUGACAUUGUUGUGUAUUUUCCCCCCUGCUCCAGGCCCUGGCGGGCCCUGCUCGGGAUAUUCCCAUGGGUGAGGCUGUGUGGGAUCCUGGACUGGAUCCUGGAAAGGGAUGGGCACAACACACCCCAGGGAGCAGCAGGUGGCCCCUGGGAGGAGCAUUCCCAGCCCAGGGCCAGCGGGACAACGCCUCAUGUCCGAGCCCUGGGGCUGUUCCCAAGGGAGAAUCCCAGAGCCCAGACUGUGCCCAGCUGCUGCUGCUGCAGGAGUGCCAGGGUCCAGCCUGGUUCUCCCUGACAGCAGGAUGGGAAAGCACAGGGCAAGCCCUGCAGGGGUUUUCAGGGGAUCCCAGUGCCCUCGAGCACAGAGGGACAGCUGGCUCUGGGAUCACCUGCACCAUUCCCUCCCAAAACCCCACAGCCCACGGGGAUGUUCCACUUCUCCAGGAAUUCCCAAAGCUUCUCUCUCUGGCUGUGGGACCUGGGCAGCUGCAGGCCCAGGGAAGCCCCCAGGACUCUCCACCCCUAAUGAUUUCCCCUUUUCCCAGUGCCAGCUCACAGUUCCUACCCAGGUGAUGGCAAACCAGGAAAGUUCUCAGCCAGUCGUUCCCAACAGCGACCAUUUGACAUCCUCAAAUCCGGUUUCAUGUUUUCCAAGGUAUUUUUUAACACAUCCACAUCUGCAUCUGUGUUUGGUGGCAGUGCCAGCCCUGGGAGGGGACAGGGGCUCCACACAGGGAGCAGGCAGGACAAGGCUGAGGCUGAAUGGGGCAGCUGAGAGCAAAGCCAAGGAAAUCCAGGAAAAAAUCUGAGUAUGAAAUGUCCAGGAGGUUGGUUUGCUGUUGUUAGUGAGCACUUGGAGUGUAAAGAUGAUAAAACCCUUGGUUAAAGGCCUUUCCAGGGCCUGAAGGAGCUCCAGGAGAGCUGCAGAGGGACUGGGGACAAGGAUGGAGGGACAGCACACAGGGAAUGGCUCCCACUGCCAGAGGGCAGGGAUGGAUGGGAGAUUGGGAAUGAGGAAUUGUUCCCUGGCAGGGUGGGCAAGCCCUGCAAUAGAAUUGCCAGAGCAGCUGUGGCUGCCCCUGGAUCCCUGGCAGUGCCCAAGGCCAGGCUGGACACUGGGGCUGGAGCACCUGGGACAGUGGGAGGUGUCCCUGCCAUGGCAGGGUGGCACUGGGUGAGGCCCUUCCCCCCAGCCCAUUUUGGGGUGCUGGGACCCCUCUGCUGUAGUUUAGCACUGAUUGACCCGGUGCAAUCAGGAAUGCCUCUGCACAGAGCUCUGAGGGGGAAUGCAGGGACAGGGAACGCAAAACCAGGGAGAUGAACCCCCCCAGUGGGAUCAGCUGAGGGCAGGGCUCCAGGGAGCCUGAUCAGGGGGAUCAGGGAGUUUAGGGAUCCCAGGAAGUGCCUGUGGAUGAGGGGUGUCCUGCUGGGACCCCCUGGGCAGGCAGAGCCUGUCCCCCAGCAGCAGGGCUGGGGACAGGUCCCAAAAUGGCUCAGGGGGUGACAGCGGCGGGGUCAGCACCCAGCCUGGCAGGUUUUGGACAUAAAUAAACACAGCAAGUCCCACCUCAGCUCCAGGAAGAAUUUCUUUCCCUGGGGGGCAGAGCCCUGAGCAGCUGCCCCGUGUGGGGCUGGAGUUUCCCUCUCUGGGGACACCCCAACCCCACCCAGGGCUGGGGUUUCCCUCUCUGGGGACACCCCAACCCCACCUGGACACGUCCCCGUGUGCCCUGCUCCAGGCUGGGCUGGAUGGCGUCCAGAGGUCCCCCCUGUGAUUCUGUGAACUGGUGGGAUGCCACAGUUAGAAUUUCCAAAGGAAAUUGGGGAUGCUGUGCCAGCUGGAGCUCCCUGCCCGUGCCCGUCCCUCGCCAUCCCUCUGGAAGUGCCCAGUUGCAGGCUGUCCCUGGCAGGCAGGGCAGGCCCAUCGUGCCCACACCACUUUGGGCAGGACAUGGAUCCAGGGAUCCACAGGGAGCUGGCCUGGCCCUGGAGCCAUGGGCAGGCACAGCCGUGGUGCCACCAGGGCCAGGCCUGCAGGGCACCACCACCCAACCCCAAACAGCACCAUUCGCAAAUCACGGAAUUUCAAACCAAAAACUAAAUAAAACCCCCCAAAAAAGCGUUUUGCCAAUCCUCUCCCUGGCUGAUUCCAGCUGAUUUAGUGGAAGUGACUGACUGGCACCAGUCUGGGCACUCCUGGCACUGCCCGUGGCACAAGAGGUGGCAUUGUCCCCUCCUGUGUCCCUUGGGUGGCGGUGGCUGUGUCCCCUCCCUCCUCCUCCUCCUCCCCGGGCAGGGCACUCGCUCAUCACUUCGGUUUUCUACCUGUGAGUACUGUAUCCAGUUCAGAACCAACAGCUUCCUUUAGUAAAGAUUUUACCAUUUUAUAAAAGACAUGUUUAAUUAUGAUGGAGAUGGCUGUAUUGUAAUUAAUAUUUUGAGAUAAUUGUGAUUUUGAGCUUAAAUUAUAUACAGAAAUGGUCAUUUUUGUAUGUGUUCAAAGAUUGCUAUAUUCCAGAUGACUGUACUUUUCAGUUGAAUUCCAGUAUCCAUGUAAAUAAAGCUGAAUGAGGAAAUAUUUACUACUUUAUUAACAUAGAUUGUGAAUGUACUUCAUGUUUUUUGCAGUAUAAAGACUUACUGAACUUGAAAGCUGCUUCAUUUUAUGUGCAAAAAGGUACUUCAAAAAUUCUAUUUUAAAUCUAUUGAUUGAGUGCAAUCAGCUCCUGUCCCUUGGCACAUGCAGGUUGUCCCCUCCCCGUGCCCUGGAGGGCCUGGCCCGUGCUGUGGGGCUGCUGCAUUUUGCAGCUGCUCUGUGCAGAGGGAGCCCAGGGACUGAACCGAUGCUGUGCAGUGCAGCAGAGCCAUUUUCGGCUUUGCUGUACCCACCUUUUUCAGUAUUUCCAAAAAAAAAAAAGUGUUUUGAAUAACAUUAAAAAGUCUCUUUAUUGUACAAAUAAUAAAAACGUCACCUUAUUGUAA